GUGGUGAGACUUGAGAAGCUUCUACUGCAGUGUGCCUUCAACUCCUUGCCUCAAACAUGGAAGAAGCUCCUGAUAUCCACCUGUCCUCCUUCUACUUUAAUCCCACUCAUCUCUCUGUUCCAUCAAGUCCACUUGCUCCAAAGCUACCUUUCACUGUUCCAUCGCCCCAGGACCAAUUCUCUAUUCUUUUGCUUUACCACACUUUUCUCCAUCCACCCUAUCAAGGGCUCCUGAAGUCCCUCUUGGUUCCCCUGACCCUUCUGUGUUUCCUACCCUGCCAAGCGCAUGCAGCCUGGUUUAAGGUUGGGGUAGUGGGACCAUGGGGGUGCGACCCCAUCUUUGGGAAGGCCUUUCCGAAUGUAGCAGCACAACUGGCUGUCAGCCGCAUCAACAGAGAUCGCUCGCUGUCCUAUGCUGCUACGUUUGACUAUGCUGUGCUGCAGGAACCUUGUGAGACAUCACGGGGACUUGAGGCAUUUGUGGGUUUCCACACCAAAGCCUCCGCUUUCAUUGGACCUGGCAAUCCUGGAUACUGUGAUGCGGCUUCACUGCUGAGUAAAGGCUGGAACAAAGCAAUAUUUCCUUGGGCUUGUGUUGGCUACGAGUUGGACGAUGUCCGGAUCCAUCCGACCUUCGCCAGAUCUAUGGCGAGCCCUACUUGGGUGCUCUACAGCGUCAUGAGCUACUUUAGGUGGGCUCACAUUGGCAUCAUCUCUUCCUCUGAGGAUAUCUGGGUAGAUACAGCGACAAAGGUGGCAGAAUCCUUAAGAAGCCAUGGUAUGCCAGUGAGACUGGUUAGUUUCAUGGAGAACACACCUCAUGGCAUUAGACGAACUCUGGCCAAGGUUCGCAAGAUGAAAGAAAUACGAGCUGUGAUCCUUUGUAUGCAUUCUGCGCUGAUCGGUGGUUCGGCCCAGAAGCUCCUCUUGGAAACGGCCUACGACAUGAAGAUGAUCGACGGCUCCCUGGUGUUUGUGGCCUAUGACACUCUGCUCUACAGCUUGCCCUACCGCAACGUGACCUACCCAGCUCUAAAGAGCAAUGACAAACUCUUGCGGGCGUAUGAUGCUGUGUUGACCAUCACCAUCGACUCUCCCAAGGUGUCAUUCUAUGAAGCCUACAGAGAAGCCAUGAACAGAGGAGAGGUGGCGAGGACAGUGAAUCCUCAGCAGGUGUCUCCAUUGUUUGGUACCAUCUACAAUUCAGUCCUGUACAUGGCUCAUGCAGUGCAUCAUGUUCGGCAGUCUGGAGAAUGGAUGUCCGGACAAAACCUGGCACAACGGACACGUGACUUGGAGUUCCAGGGCUUUAGCCACUCUGUCAAAACCAGCAGCUCUGGAAAGGUCCAGCUUGACUACCUAAUCCUGGACACAGAUGGGUCCACCUUGCAUCUGAUGCCAACAUACAGCCUUGACAUGGAGAUUGGGAUGGUCCGCUUCCUGGGUAAAGAAAUUCACUUCCCAAAAGGCUAUGGACCUAGAAGAGAUGCUGCCUGCUGGUUUACUCCUGGAGUCAUCUGCUCAGGAGGUGUUGAUCUGUUGUUGACCUUCAGCAUGUUCGUUGGUUCCAUUGCUGCUUCUGUUUUAGCUGCCUUCCUAUUGUACUGCAUCAGACGACGAAUCAAUCAGAUUCGAAUGGUCAGAGGUCCCAACAAGAUUCUGCUGACUCUUGAUGAUGUCACAUUUAUUAAUCCAUCUCUAAGCAACAAGAAGCUGAGUCUGGAUGACAGCCACACCAGCGCUGGCAGAAGCGUAUCUGAACGUAGCAUCAACACAUCCAUCUCCUCCCAGUCCCCAGCCACAUACGAGAACUCUAAUGUGGUCAUUUUUGAGGGGGACUGGGCUUGGCUGAAGAGGCUUCCUAAUGGGAAAUUUGGCAACAUCAACCCCAAAACCAGUGAUGUGUUCCAGCUGAUGAAGGACAUGCGUCAUGAGAAUGUCAACCCUUUCCUGGGCUUCUUUCACGACUGUGGCGUGUUCGCCAUUGUGACUGAGUUCUGCUCCAGAGGCAGCCUGGAGGACCUGCUGUUGAAUGACGACGUCAAACUGGACUGGAUGUUCAAGUCGUCUUUGCUCUUAGAUCUGAUAAAGGGUAUGAAGUACCUUCAUCAUCACGGGGUGUGUCACACUCGUCUAAAGUCUCGUAACUGUGUGGUAGAUGGGCGAUUUGUCCUCAAGGUGACAGACUAUGGCUACAACGAGGUCCUGGAGUCACAGAGGUUCCUGUUUGUUGAGGCACGUCCAGAAGAGCUGUUGUGGACUGCUCCUGAGAUACUUAGGAGUGGACAGCCAGGACUCCAUGGAACUCUGCCUGGUGAUGUUUACAGCUUUUCCAUCAUCAUGCAAGAGGUGGUGAUUAGAGGACCUCCAUUCUGCAUGUUAGACAUGUCUGACGCAGUAAUCUUAGAAAGGCUACGUAAACCUCCUCCUUUGUGUCGUCCGGUGGUCAGUCCGGAUUACGCGCCGAUGGAGUGCAUCCAGCUGAUGAAACAGUGCUGGAAUGAACAACCAGACAAAAGACCGACAUUUGAGGAGAUCUUUGAUCAGUUUAAGAACAUCAACAAAGGAAAGAAGACCAACAUCAUCGACUCCAUGCUGAGGAUGUUGGAGCAGUACUCCUCUAACCUGGAGGAGCUGAUUCGGGAGCGAACAGAGGAGCUGGAGAUAGAAAAACAGAAAACAGAGAAGCUUCUAACUCAGAUGCUGCCUCCGUCUGUGGCAGAAGCUUUGAUGGUGGGUGGGACAGUGGUACCAGAAUACUUCGACAACGUGUCACUCUAUUUCAGUGACAUUGUUGGUUUUACCACCAUCUCAGCCAACAGUGAACCAAUUAACGUGGUUGACCUCUUAAACGACCUCUACACACUUUUUGAUGCCAUCAUAGGAAACCACGAUGUCUACAAGGUGGAGACGAUUGGUGAUGCCUACAUGGUGGCUUCAGGUGUACCUGUUCCCAACAGCAACCGCCAUGCAGCGGAAAUUGCCAACAUGUCUCUCGACAUUCUCAGUGCUGUGGGAUCGUUCAAAAUGAGACACAUGCCUGAUGUUCCUGUGAGAAUACGCAUAGGACUCCACACAGGUCCGUGUGUAGCAGGUGUGGUGGGUCUCACGAUGCCGCGCUACUGUCUGUUUGGAGACACAGUAACUACUGCCUCUCGUAUGGAGUCCAGCGGGAUGCCCUACAGGAUUCACGUCCACCAGAGUACCGUCAAGGUUCUGAGGGAACUCAAUCUUGGCUACCAGUUGGAGUUAAGAAGAAGGACAGAAGUUAGGGGAAAGGGAAUAGAAGAGACAUACUGGCUUGUAGGAAGAGAUGGGUUUACCAAACCUCUGCCUGUUCCUCCAGAACUCAAGUCUGGGCAAAUGGCCCAUGGUCUGCAGAUGGCCGAGAUAGCCCAGUACAAGAAACGGAAAGCCGCGAAACAACAGCAGGAACAACUUGCAAAGAAGAAAAACUGAGGUAAUGUUAUGCAUUACCAAACAAUGUAUAACAUUACUGGCCAAGUUGGCAACGUGACUCGUCCUUUGGCAAACAUAGCCUGGGGAUGAACUGUCUUAUGCUGUUAUUGCUGUUUGUUUAAACUUUGAUGCAUCUUGAAUGAAACCCUUUCAAAGUUUAGGAAGAAAACUUGGCUACAACAAGAAAGAGCUGGUCAUAACUUGGCUUAUAUAAGAAGCCCUUUGUUGUUUGCAUAAUCACUCACAUCUGACUAACUAGUUUCAUGUUGCAAGCCGCUAGCUGAAGAUUUCUUGUGAGAUUUUGAAAAGGGUUGCAUCAAGAUUCAAGGAAAA